AACUUUUGUGAGAAUAAUUUCUAGAAGACAGCCUAAAAGACAACUGGGUCUCAACUUUUGAAUACUUCUGUAUCACAGUGGCACAAAUUUUUUAGCUAUUUUUUUCUACUGUAAUCUAGUCACGAAUUGUUAUCCCUUUUCAGUUUGGAUCCAGAGUAUUUAGGAAUAUCAAGAAAAAGCCAGUGAUGAAUUUGAGAAACAACAUUUUGCUAACCUGAUUUUAUAAAGGAAAUGCAAAUCCUUCUUGGUGUAUCAUAGGAUUGCUGUUUCCUAAAAGCAGAUGAGAUGGCAGUGCUAUGAAAUCUAGCAGCUGGGGAGGCUUAUUUGAAGGAACUCAGCCCUAGGACAAAGUUACAUAACAGGAGGUUCUUGCCACUAGUUGUCAAGCCUUGACCUGUCCCUGAAGUGUUUUAGAAGUUGGUGCCCAUUAUCUUCCAAAUUGCUCUCCUCUUUCCUUUUUUGAAUACUUGUUUCAAAUGUUCUGAACACUUGUUUUGUUUUAAUAGCUACUGUGGGAGAAUAACAAUUACGGGUUUUGAAAUAAAUGUUCAUCUGGAUUUGUGAGAAGUUGUCCUUUCCAUGCUAAAAUGAGAACAGAGCAAAACUCACUGUGCCAUCUGACUAGCAGCUCAAAAAUGGAGUUAGUCUGAAGCCAAGAAGAGAAAUGGUAGAGCAGACACCGGGCAUGUUUGAGGCCCCAAGUUUGAUUCCUGCCACAGCGUGGACCUCUCACUCUGCUGGGCCAAGCACUGUCGCUCCAUGGUGGCGCUCAUUUGAAACAGAAUCUGGGGCCAAAGAGACAAUGCAGGAAUGGACACACUUACUUUGCAUUCUGCAGACGAAGUCAUACGAAAGCGUCUCCUGAUUGAUGGAGAUGGUGCUGGAGAUGAUCGGAGAAUUAAUCUGCUUGUGAAAAGUUUCAUUAAAUGGUGCAAUUCUGGAUCCCAGGAAGAAGGAUAUAGCCAAUAUCAACGUAUGCUAAGUACAUUGUCCCAAUGUGAAUUUUCAAUGGGUAAAACACUGCUGGUAUAUGAUAUGAAUCUCAGAGAAAUGGAAAAUUAUGAAAAAAUUUACAAGGAAAUAGAAUGUAGCAUUGCUGGAGCACAUGAAAAAAUUGCUGAGUGCAAAAAGCAGAUUCUUCAAGCAAAACGAAUACGAAAAAAUCGCCAAGAAUAUGAUGCUUUGGCGAAAGUGAUCCAGCAUCACCCAGACAGACAUGAAACAUUGAAGGAACUUGAAGCUCUGGGAAAAGAAUUAGAGCAUCUUUCACACAUUAAAGAAAGUGUUGAAGAUAAGCUGGAAUUGAGACGGAAACAAUUUCAUGUUCUUCUUAGUACCAUCCAUGAACUGCAGCAAACACUAGAAAAUGAUGAAAAGCUCUCAGAGGUCGAAGAAGCUCAAGGAACAAGCAUGGAAACAGAUCCUAAACCAUGAUCAUUCACCAUUCCCACAAAUAUUGAAGUAGUAAUAUCUUAGUGUGUUAGAAUUUGUUGUGCUCUCUUGAGAUAGUGUUGGUAGUAAGCUACUUCACUUUUUAAUUAUUAAUGCACAGGUCACAUUCCUUUACAUGAAGAAAAUUAGUAUAGACAUGUUGUUAAGGAACUGCCUUUUUUAUUAAAUAUGAAGGUUAGAACAGUAUUCAAAUAUAAUAAAAUACUAUCAAACCAAAUACCAUUGUGCUUAUUAGUAUUUAAGGUAGUGUUUAAUGGAUAACAUUAAUUUGUUUACCAAAUAAGUUGAAGACUAAGGCUUGUUUUUUUGGGUACACAUGAGAAAAUUAGUCCAUUUCUGGAAAUUAUUGCUACCUUUAAAAAUGGAGUCAAUAAAUGAGCUUCAGGAGAGCUACAAACUUAUGAAACCAUGAGGAAAAUGUUUGUGAUGUGUACCCAGUAUGGAAGAGGUAGCAUGAUAAGGGUUGUAGAGGUGGGCUGAAGUGAGAGUACAGCAGGUAGAGCGCUCGCCUUGCAUAAGACAACCAGGUUUGAUCCCCAACACCUCAGAUGAUCAACCAAGUCCACCAGGGGUGAACCCUGAGCACAAAACUUGGAAUAAGCCCUGAGCUCCACCGGGUGCAGCCCCAAAAUAAAAAAGCGGUGUAAAAGAUGCAAAAUGAAUUGUUAUGCAUCACUUUCUAGAUUUUUCACUGAUACUUGAUCAUUGUUAAAUGUAAAAGAUUUAUAAAAUUAAUACUGAAUCAUUCAGUUUUCAUAAGUAUUGAGUUACUUGUUGAAUACUUUUUAGGUUCUAUCCUAUCCAUUUAUUGUAGUCCAGAAAUA